UUUCUCGUCUCCCUUUUGUCUAAGUGCAUGUUUACAAUGGUCUCCACCUGUUUGCUGAAUUGCCCCAGAGAUAUGUCUCUUGUGUAAAAAUGCAAAUAAAGUAGAUACUUUUGACGCAGCGAAACGGUAGAGAGUCUGGUGUAAAGAAAUUGAAGUAUCAUUUAAUCAAUCUCUUCCCAACCUGCAGGGUAUAACGAUCUAUAUUAUACACACAGUCACACACACACAUAUAAUUCCACCAGCGUGUCGCAGUUCUAACUGCCCAGUUGGGAUCGAGAAACGUGUCAACUUUAGACUCAAAAUAUACAUGCAUAUAUUCAUGCUCAUCCUGUGACGUAUAGGCAUACCUUAUAACCUCACCCAAAAAUUCAUUUUUGUGCCCGUCUUUCACUAGUUCACAUCCGCUGAAGCAAUCUCAUCUUAUGGAGAAACUCUCUCGGCUUCAAGUCAAAUCCAAAUUUGAGCAACAAAGCUAUUGGUAGCAGAAAUGUUUUCCAGACGAGUAGGAAACGGCAUACACAAAUAUGUUGCAAACUUAAACAGAUUGAAGCAUCCCUGUGCCUUGUUCUCAUCUGGGUCGAGUUACACAGAUUUGCCAAGGAAGCUCAAGUUGUCUGAGCGGAAGCCGUGGGUGACGAGUGUUAACGAACUCAAGCGUAAAGCCAGAUUGGAAAAUGAAGAGAGGCUGGUGGUGAGAGAGGUUACUCUAAGUCCUCCGGAAAAUGGUUUGUUGGUCAAAGAAUUAGUGCCAAUUGCUCAUGAGGUUUUUGCUGCCAGAGCCCAGUUAUUGGCUUGCGUUUCGAGGGUUGCCAUGAGCAUUCCUGUUUAUUCAUGCAGCUUGUGUGGAGAAGUUCACGUAGGUCAUCCUCCACAUAAGAUCAGAACAUGCAAUGUCAUAGGUAGCCAAGCAAGCAAAGAGCACAUGUGGAGUAAAGGUGGAGCAGAACAUGUCUUGCCUCGUGUGGAGUCUUUUCAUCUGUAUGAUAGGUUGGGGAGAGCUGUUACACAUAAUGAGCGGCUCCUAGUCGAUCGGAUUCCAGCAAUUGUGGAAUUAUGUGUUCAAGCAGGUGUGGACAUCCUUGAGUACCCAACAAGAAGAAGGGAGUUCCCUGUUUACUUUGUUGCUGGGAGGAUGAUAGAUUUUGAACGGAGGUUUCCUAAGGAUGAUUCAUCAGUAAAAGAGAUCAAAACAGAUGGGUUUUGGGAGAAUAGAAAGAAGUCAAGUCAAGAUGAGGAAUCUUUAAAUUUGCCAUAUGAUGAUAUACAAGGUUUUGCUGUGCGAGGCAUGGUAGCAUGGGAGAAAAUGCGAUCUGGGGCUACUAGACUCAUGAAAAAAUAUGCUGUCCAAACAUGUGGAUAUUGUUCUGAAGUCCAAGUGGGGCCUAAGGGUAAUAGAGUGAGGCAGUGCCAAGCAUACAAACACCAGAUGAGGGAUGGACAACAUGCUUGGCAGGAGGCAACGAUUGAUGAUCUGGUUCCUCCAGUGUAUGUGUGGCAUGUACGAGAUCGCCAGGAUGGUGGGCUGAUGGUGGAUAGUUUGAAGAGGUAUUAUGGAAAGUUGCCUGCAGUGGUGGAGUUGCUUGCACAAGCUGGAGCCCAUGUGGGAGAAAAUUACAGUAGUCUGAUGAGGGAAGAUGUUGCAGUGCCUGGAUUGGAUGAAGAAAAGUGGGUUGUAUGAAACUUCAAAUCGUUAAGUUUCAUGCAUUUGUCAAAUUCUGGGAUAUGUUGAGCAUUAUGUAGCUUUGGUUUCUAAGUAAGGGCAAUUGGAGUUGAUAUGUUGGAAUGCCUUGGCAUGUAUUUGUGACGAUGACUAUGGCGAGUGAGUGCAGGCAACAACUAGGAGCAUAUGACCAAGUUCUUUUUGCAUUGUGGAAAAGAGAAGUGGACCCCAACGUGUUUUGUACAUAAUAAUAAUUCCUUCAGUUGUAUUUUUUUUUUUUUUUUUUUUUGAAAUAUUAAAUUUUACCAAACAUAAGUUUUGGUUUAAAAAGGGGUGCAACACCAGAACUUUUCAAGGGUCACCCAUUCUAAUACUAUUCUCAUUCAAACUCAUUUAAUUGCGGAGUUCUGAUGAGAUCCGGUGCGUUAGUGCUGGUAUGAUCGCACCCCAGUUGUAUUUAUUUAUUGAUUACUUCUGGAUGGUGAAGUUUUUAGUGUA